AAAGAGGGAGAUGUCAUGAUUGGGGGAGCCUUUUCCAUCCACAGCAAAAUCACACAACCUCCACUUUCCUUUACAGAGAAACCAACACGCCUCACAUGUUCCAGUGUCAACCUCAGGGAGUUUCGAUUUGCCCAGACCAUGAUUUUUGCAAUCGAAGAAAUUAACAAAAGUGACUUCCUUCUUCCCAAUGUUUCUAUUGGGUACCGUAUUUAUGACAACUGUGGCUCAACAUUAUCCUCAAUGCGUGCUGUGAUGGCCUUGAUAAACGGUGAUGAGUGGACUGUGGGAAAGAGCUGCUCCGGUCAAUCAGCUGUUCAUGCUAUUAUCGGGGAGUCUGAGUCCUCUUCAACCAUUGUGUUGUCACGCACCACAGGACCAUUCCAAAUACCAGUGAUAAGUCAUUCAGCUACUUGUGAGUGUUUGAGCAGCAGGAAGGAGUAUCCCUCUUUUUUUCGAACGAUCGCUAGUGACCUCUACCAAAGCCAAGCCCUCGCCCAGCUGGUCAAGCACUUUGGCUGGACCUGGGUCGGGGCAGUCAACAGCGACAGUGACUAUGGUAACAAUGGCAUGGCAAUCUUCCUUGCUGCUGCCCAAGAGGAAGGUGUGUGUGUGGAGUAUACAGAGAAAUUUCACAGGGCUGAACCAGAAAAACUCAUGAAAGUGGUAGAGGUGAUCCGUAAGAGCUCUGCCCGGGUAAUUGUGGGUUUCCUAGCCCAUGUCGAGAUGAACAACCUUCUAGAGCAGUUGAGUCUGCACAACAUCACAGGCCGACAGUUCAUUGGUGUGGAGGCCUGGAUCACCGCUGACAGCCUUGUGACUCCUACCAGCUUUAGUGUGCUGGGAGGUUCACUGGGCUUUGCUGUGCAAAAAGCCAAUAUCAGUGGCCUGAAUGAUUUCUUAAUCAAAGAUUUCUGGGAGAGAGAUUUUAAGUGCAAUGAAGCAAACAGGGACAGCAUGACAGAAACAGCACCUUGCAAAGAAAACAACAAUGUAAUUGAGCUAAAAGAUUACAAUGAUGAUGUGACAGAGCUGAGAUACUCCAGCAACAUCUACAAAGCCAUCUAUGCUGUGGCCUACUCUCUGCACAGCAUACUGAAGUGCUCAUAUAGUCAGGGAUGUGACAAGACGGUGGAGGUUACUCCCUGGCAGGUAGUGCAGUCUCUAAAGCAAGUGAACUUUACAAUUAAGAAUGGGGACCGGGUGUGGUUUGACAGCACUGGAGCAGCCGUGGCCCGGUAUGAGGUGGUGAACUGGCAGCGUGGAUCAGCCGGGUCGGUCCACUUCAAACCAGUCGGUUACUAUGACGCCUCCCUGCCUCCAGGACAGAAGUUUGUCCUCAAGACUGAAGCCAUAAUGUGGCCUGGAGGAAACACUGAGCUGCCUGUGUCAGUGUGCAGUGAGAGCUGUCGCCCAGGAACUCAUAAAGUCCUUCAAAAAGGAAAACCUGUCUGCUGCUACAACUGUAUACCAUGUGCAGAGGGAGAAAUCAGCAACAUCACAGAUUCUAAUGGAUGCAAAAAGUGUCCUGAAGAGUAUUGGUCCAAUCAAAACAGAGAUUCGUGUAUUCUGAAAAAUGUUGAGUUCCUCUCUUUCACGGAGGUUAUGGGUAAAAUACUUGUGUUUUUCACUUUGUUUGGUUUACUCCUUACCUUAAUUGUGGCCACUUUAUUCUUGAUCAAUAAGGACACUCCCUUGGUAAAGGCCAACAACUCUGAGCUGAGCUUCCUGCUGCUCUUCUCCUUGACCCUGUGUUUCCUGUGUUCUCUGACCUUCAUCGGCCGGCCCUCUGAGUGGUCCUGCAUGCUGCGACACACUGCGUUCGGUAUCACCUUUGUCCUCUGUAUCUCUUGUAUUCUUGGGAAAACUAUAGUGGUGUUGAUGGCCUUCAGAGCUACACUUCCAGGCAGUAAUGUAAUGAAGUGGUUUGGGCCUGCACAGCAGAGACUCAGCGUUGUGGCUUUCACUCUCAUACAGGUUUUAAUUUGUAUACUUUGGCUGACUAUCAACCCUCCAUUCCCCUUCAAAAAUAUGAGCCACUAUAAGGAGAAGAUUAUACUCGAGUGUGCUUUAGGCUCAGCUGUAGGCUUCUGGGCUGUGUUGGGAUACAUAGGGCUCUUAGCUAUGUUAUGUUUUGUGCUCGCUUUUCUGGCUCGAAAGCUGCCUGACAAUUUCAAUGAAGCUAAAUUUAUCACCUUCAGCAUGUUGAUAUUCUGUGCAGUCUGGAUCACCUUUAUCCCAGCAUAUGUCAGCUCUCCUGGGAAGUUCACUGUGGCUGUGGAGAUAUUUGCUAUUCUGGCUUCCAGUUAUGGGAUACUUUUCUGUAUAUUUGCACCGAAAUGCGUCAUUAUUGUACUCAAACCUGAGUUGAACACAAAGAAAAAUCUGAUGGGGAAAACCUGA